AUGUUCAAAGGAAAAGAGCAGAUAUGUGAUUUUCAGAUUUUGGAUGUAGACCCAGCACGAGGGUUCGAUGUCCUUCAUGCAUCACUUGAUCCGUUUCCUCCCCUUAAUUUCCCUGCUGCUGCUGGCAGAUCAUAUGGAGAGAAUCGUAAAACUGGGAGAUCAUCAGUAUUUUCAUUGUUUAAUCUCAAAGAGAGGAGUAAGUUCUGGAGUGAAGCUGUCAUACGAAGUGAUUUUGAUGAUUUGGAGACCACAGUUGAAGAAUCGAGUGUUCUUAAUUACACCAAGGCAGGGAACAUUGCCAAUUAUCUACAGAUUUUAGAAGUUGAACAUAUGUAUCUUCCAGUUCCUGUGAAUUUCAUCUUUAUAGGAUUUGAAGGGAGUGGGAAUCAAGUCUUUAAGCUACACACAGAUGAACUUGAGAGAUGGUUUACAAAAAUUGAUCAUAUAUUUGAACACACUAGGAUUCCACAAGAUGUAGAUGUUCUUGCUCCAUUCUACAAAAACAGGGUAGAUAGAGAUCAUCAUCAUCAUCAUCUUCCUCUUGUUAGUCACCUAAAUUACAACUUCUCUGUUCAUGCUAUCCAAAUGGGCGAAAAAGUCAAUUCCAUUUUUGAGCAUGCUAUUGCUGUCCUCUCUCGUAAGGAUGAUGUUAAUCAUACCAGGGAUGAGCGACUUUGGCAAGUGGAUGUGGAUAUGAUGGAUGUUUUGUUCACAAGCCUUGUGGAAUAUCUUGACCUUGAAAAUGCAUAUAAUAUUUUCAUAACGAAUCCUAAACGUGAUGCAAAGAGAGGUAAAUAUGGCUAUAGGAGAGGAUUGUCAGAGAGUGAGAUAAAUUUUCUUAAACAGGAUAAGAGUUUACAAGACAAGAUUCUUAGGGCAGGAAGUACAACAGAUAAUACUCUUGCUAUGGACAAAAUCAAGAGACCCUUGUAUGAAAAACAUCCAAUGGCAAAAUUUUCCUGGACAAUAACAGAAGAAACAGACACGAUAGAAUGGUAUAAUAGUUGUCUAAAUGCUUUGAACAAUGUUGAGAGGCAAUAUCAAGAGAAAGACGUGGCUGAUAUUAUUCAAUCAAAAGUUAUCCAGCUGUUGAAUGGGAAAAAUGAAGACAUGAAGCUUCAAUGGGCAAAGGAUCUGAAAUCUGGUGAUUUUAGUGGUCUCCAUGCAGAAUGUCUUACAGAUACAUGGAUUGGAAAAGACAGGUGGGCUUUUAUUGAUUUGAGUGCAGGUCCUUUUUCAUGGGGACCUGCUGUUGGUGGAGAAGGUGUGCGUACAGAGCUGAGCUUACCAAAUGUGGAAAAGACCAUUGGUGCAGUUGCAGAAAUUACUGAAGAAGAGGCUGAAGAUCACUUGCAAGAUGCAAUUCAGGAGAAGUUUGCUGCAUUUGGGGAUAAAGAUCAUCAAGCAAUAGAUAUCCUUUUAGCAGAGAUCGAUAUAUAUGAGCUUUUUGCUUUCAAACAUUGUUGGGGAAGAAGGGUGAAACUUGCUCUUUGUGAAGAGCUUGAUGAGAGAAUGCGUGACCUAAAAUCAGAGCUCCAGUCUUUUGAAAGUGAUGAAUCUGUUGAAAUCCAUAAACAAAAAGCUGUAGAUGCUUUAAAACGAAUGGAAAGCUGGAAUUUGUUUACUGAUGAUACUUAUCAGGACUUACAUAAUUACACAGUUGCACGUGAUACUUUCCUUGCACACAUGGGUGCAACAUUGUGGGGCUCAAUGCGCCACAUCAUCUCACCUUCCAUUGCUGAUGGGGCUUUCCAUCAUUAUGAGAAAAUCUCCUUCCAGUUAUUUUUCAUCACACAGGAGAAAGUGAGGCAUAUCAAGUAUUUACCUGUGGAUAUUAAAGCUAUCAUGGAUGGGCUUUCCUCUUUACUUUUACCUUCUCAGAAACCAAUAUUCAGUCAACAAAUGUUACCACUUUCUGAGGACCCCGCUUUGGCAAUGGCCUUUUCAGUAGCUAGAAGAGCAGCUGCUGUUCCUAUGUUACUUGUUAAUGGAACAUUCCGGAGAAAUGUCAGAUCAUAUCUUGAUUCUUCUCUUCUACAACAUCAGUUACAAAGACUCAGUGAUCAUGCUUCUCUUAAAGGAUCACAUGCUCAAAGUAGGUCUACAUUAGAAGUUCCAAUUUUUUGGUUUAUUCAUGGUGAACCUUUGUUAGUGGAUAAACAUUAUCAAGCAAAGGCGCUUUCAGAUAUGGUUAUUGUUGUUCAAUCUGAGUCAUCAUCAUGGGAAAGUCAUCUACAGUGUAAUGGGAAAUCUUUGUUGUGGGAUUUAAGGAGGCCUAUAAAAGCUGCUAUGGCUGCUGUCUCUGAACAUAUUGCUGGAUUGCUUCCCCUUCAACUUGUUUAUAGUCAAGCUCACGAAAAUGCAAUUGAGGAGUGGAUAUGGUCAGUUGGAUGCAACCCGUUUUCAGUGACUUCUCAAGGGUGGCAUAUCUCACAAUUUCAUUCAGAUACAAUUGCUAGAAGCUAUAUGCUUACAACUCUUGAGGAAUCUAUACACCAAGUUAACUCAGCAAUUCAUCGUUUACUCAUGGAACGUACUUCUGAACAAAGUUUCAAGGCCUUUCAAGUACACGAGAGACAAUUGGUGGACAAGUAUAAUUAUGUUGUUAGCCGAUGGAAAAGAAUUUCUACGGUAGCGGGAGAACUACGCUAUGUGGAUGCAUUGAGACUUUUGACUAGUCUCGAAGAGGCUUCCAAAGGAUUUGUGGAGUAUGUGAACAGUACAAUAUCCAGCAUGCACCAGAUUCAUUGCACAAAGCAGAGAAAGGUGAAGGUGGAGUUAGACCUCACCACCAUUCCUGCUUUCUCAGUUGUCCUAUUUGUUCUAUGGUUUGUAUUAAAGCCAAGACGACCAAAGGCCAAGGUCAACUGAGUUGACUUUUUGUUUACUUUUCAUUAUUCUCGUUUGUUAUAGAGAUUGGAAGAGGAAAUAGUUCAGACUUUAGACUCAUCAUGUAAUUUUGUUGCUACAAACUCAAUACAAGUGAUUUUUCUUUAAUUCUUAUUUUACUCAUUUUUUUUUUACCAUCAAC